AGACGGUGAUAAUUUGUUACAGCCUCAUGUGAAUGCAAAUCAAUAAAUAGAGUAGAGAGGGUUAAUUAGAUGAAUGUGAAGUUGGGUUCGGUGGUGAUUGGACUUAUGUUGUUGUGUUGUAGUACCACCUACGAUUAUGUCUGUAACAGUAAACUAAAAAAACAGUUUCAUUUUAACAUUAAAAACAUAAUAACAUGUCGCAUCGUUUAUUCUCUUCAAUCGAGGAACUCAAAUUUUAGAGCUUAGUUAGUACUAGUGGCAUUCAAUUCAUUGUUGUGAUGCAUUGGAUGUUGUAACGAUCCACUGUUAUCAUAAUCAUCAUCAUCAUUAUCAUUAUUCAUCAAAAUGCUCAAAUCUAAAUAGCUAAAAAAUUUCUCUUUUUCUUUCUUUUACUUCAUCACCACCAAACAAAAUUUCAACCCCACUUUCUUCUUCUUGCUCUAUCUUUCUUCUAACCACUAAAGUUUCAAUCUUUCUUUCACUCUCUCAACUGGGUUUCUUUACUUUUUCAUUCACAGAUAUCAGGUGUAAUAGGUUAGGCUUGUAACAUUGUCAGUUUGCCACAAUGAUAAAACAAAUUCUUAGCAAAUUACCUAAGAAGUUACCAAAAUCUGACUCAUCAGAUUCUGCAAAGAGUGAUUCAGGCAAUAGUACUACUAGUUUUGGAAAUGUGUUUCAGUGUACAAAUGUUGGAAGUACCAUUUCAAGCAAAUUAAAUGUUGUGAAAAGGGUAUCUUCUGUUGUUUUUCCUGCAAGUAUGAAUGCUGGUGUAGAAGCAGUUGAUCCUUCGCUAUCAUUCAAAGAUGUUUCGAAUACACAGAAACAAAGCCUAUUUAUCAGUAAGUUGAACCUUUGCUGCAAAGUUUAUGAUAUGAGUGACCUUGAUAAGAACUGUACAGAACAAGACGUUAAACGCCAAACAUUGUUAGACCUUGUUGAUUUUGUUUCUUCUGGUUCUGUAAAGUUUACAGAACCAGCAAUUGCCGCGUUGUGUAAAAUGUGUGCAACCAAUUUGUUUAGGGUUUUUCCACCUAAGUUUCGUUCGAGUACUAGUGGUGGUGGAGAAACAGAAGAUGAAGAACCUAUGUUUGAUCCUGCUUGGUCUCACCUGCAAGUUGUUUAUGAUCUACUCCUUCAAUUCAUCAAUUACAACUCUCUUGAUGUGAAGCUUGCAAAAGCGCACGUAGAUCAUGCUUUUGUUUUAAGAUUACUCGACCUUUUUGAUUCUGAGGACCCUAGAGAACGAGAUUGUUUGAAAACAGUUCUGCAUAGAAUCUAUGGAAAAUUCAUGGUUCAUAGGCCUUUUAUAAGGAAAUCUGUUAGCAAUAUUAUCUACCGGUUUGUUUUUGAGACUGAGCGACAUAAUGGAAUUGCCGAACUAUUGGAGAUUUUUGGGAGUGUUAUUAGUGGAUUUGCCUUGCCAUUGAAGGAAGAGCACAAAAUAUUUUUGUGGAAGGCUUUAAUUCCUUUGCACAAACCCAAAUCUAUCGGUAUUUAUCAUCAGCAGCUAGCAUAUUGCAUUGUACAGUUCAUAGAUAAGGAUCAAAGACUUGUAAGCUCUGUGAUAAAGGGACUAUUGAAGUACUGGCCAGUUACUAAUAGCCAAAAGGAGCUAAUGUUUAUGAGUGAGUUGGAAGAGGUUUUGGAAAUGACCAGCAUGGCUGAAUUCCAGAAGAUUAUGGUGCCGCUGUUUCGACGAUUGGCUUGCUGCCUUACUAGCUCACAUUACCAGGUAGCAGAACGAGCACAUUUGCUAUGGAACAACGAACACAUCCUUAAUCUUAUAACACAAAACCGACAAGUGAUUCUACCUCUUGUGUUCUCCGCACUUGUACAUAACUCCCAGAAUCACUGGAAUCAAGCAGUGCUGAACCUGACUCAAAACAUAAAAAAGAUGCUAUCUCAGAUGGACGAGGAACUCGUACUUGCCUGCCAACGCAAAAUCGAGGAGGAAGAUUCAAAGUCAAGCGAUGUAGCCGAGAAACGAAGAAUAACAUGGAAACGCCUUGAAGAAGCUGCUACCAAUACCCAAUCUGCAGGCAACGGAAGUGACAACAACGGCGGAGAUAUCUUAGUCCAAGUAACAUCAGCUACUGCUACAUGCUCAGUAGCAUGCUAAUUGAAAUUGCUUUGAGUAAUGUUGUUGAAUGAUUUGUAAGGGGUUGGUUGGUUGGUUGGUUGGUUGGUUGGUUCUAAUUUACAUAGUGGUGUUUGUGUUUUCUUAAAAUUUGAAGAUGCCAUUGGCAAUAGGGUAUGCAUGCAAUGCAUAACAUAUCAUGAUAUGAAUAUCAUCAUCAUCAUCAUCUAUGAUCUAUGAUCUAUGAUCUAUGAUCUAUCUAGUACAAACAAACAUGAUCACCUUCAAAGUUUGUGUUGUGUUUUGCUUAGGUGGUGCUGAGUAGGUGAUAUUUUGUUUUGUUUGGAGGAGGAAACAUGUUACAGUGGUGGUGGGGGGUGUUGAUGUGUCGGUGGUUCAUUCGUGCAUGCAAUUAUAUGCAGUGUCUGUCAGUAACACCUGUUUCAUUUCACCUUUUGUUCAGUUUUUGUUUACCUCAUGGCCCACACUUUUCCCUGCCAAUAUGCAAGAGUUUCAUUGAUAUAGUAUUAUGCUAUACACAUUCAUUGGCUAUUUGGAAUGAUGUGGAAUGAUGUUUAUGCAUCU